AUGACGGCAGGCGCCAUGCCGCCUCCUUCACGGCGGUCAGGCGCAACGACGUCCCUCGCUCCCAAGCGAGCGAAGACCCGGGGGUCGUCUGCACGCUUCCCACGCGCGGUCGGCGACAAGACCCACGAGACGCCUACCUCUUCGAGUGUAUGGGGCCGCACUCAAUAUACCUUGUAUACCCAGCGCCCUGCCCAUGCUUCAGCUGGUAUGAAGUGUGAACCUCCGAUGACGCCUACCUCCCCGCUGGCCCCCACGACACCUACAUAUCAGCCCAAACGAGCUCGCACCGAGUUGUUUGCGUGCUUCGAGACAGCGUCGUCAUCGUCGUCCACGACGCCACCUCGACCUGCUCUGCAGCCUGUCACUGUCGAAGGGUUUGGGCGAAUGGUGCUGCACAGCGAUCUACUGCCUGCACCGCCAGCGUCCCUGUGCGCGAGCGACAAGGCGCCCACGACGACUCCCGGUCCCUCGUCGGACGCCUUGGAACGUCGGGCGCUUGUGUUGCAGUGGCUUCAUGGCGACGACGAGGACGAAGACGAGGUGCCUUCCUCUACGACGUACCACCCCAUGGUCGCCAAGUGCCUUCGUGAGCGCAGUCGGCGCUACGCUUCCACGAGUCUACACACAUCGGCGGCCCAAGAUAUGUGGAUCGGGCUGGAUGGGCAUCGUAGACCGCGUGGGACCAAGCGGCCGCAUCCACGCCGCGUUGCGUCGACCAUGCAAUCCUUGCAAGCGAGCGGCCUGUCUCCCGUCAUGGGAUGCCAUUGCGGGUUUACAGAUAAGCAUAUGGGUAUGGUCCAAUGCGAUGGAUGCCAACGGUGGCUCCAUUUGGCCUGCGUCGGAGUGAGCCAUGUGGACCAACUACCACCGACCGACUGGGUGUGCGACGACUGCUACGAAUCCCGUGCCGCUCUCUCGCAUGCGCCAUCGCCUACGACAGCUCGGCCUGCGCCAAUGCUCGCAGCCUGGCCCUCUCAGCCAUGGACACUCUCGUUGGCCCCUAGUCCUUCGCGCAUGCUGGACGACGACUGGAUGCCCAGCUCGUCGGUGGCUGCGUCGCCAGUAUGGUCGCGUCACGUCUCCAUGUCUUCGGACGCGGCUCACGCCUCCUCCCCAGCCCGGCCUUGCAGGACACCCUCGCCCCCACCUGCGCCCUUCGCGAAUGCCAUGACGCCCAGCCGGCACUUUACGCCCUACACCAACGCGGAAUGGCUGCCUACACCUACAGGGCUGCUCGCGUACACGCCCCACAGCGCCUGGCGUACGCCCUCGAAUCGUGGUCGUGCUAUGUACGCACCCGAUUCACCUACGCACUCGACAUACGGCGCACGUCGGGCUGCGUUGUCGACACCCAGCGACGCUACGCCGUCGUUUGCGAGUGAUCUCACCACGGACGGUGUGCGUCUGAGCAGCCCUAUGCCUGAUACGCCGACCGGCCCUUCGUCCAAGACGCGCGUGCUCAACAUGCACCUUGCUUCUCCCUCGCCCAAGACCCGGACGCGGCCUGGCGUCGCGUCGCCGCGGUGGCCUGGCCCGAUGGCAUGGCGCUGCGAUGAAUAA